AUGUUGAUGAACCUUUUUCUAUCGGUACUUCUUCAAUAUCUUACAUAUUUAACAUAUGUUACGGUUGCCGACGAAACUAAUAUUCCCGAAUUUACCGCUGAAAAGGUAUCAGAAAAAGAAGGAUUGACGGUUUUGAAUGAAGAUGAAUUGGAAAACAAUGAAGCAGUACUGAAAAAAUGUCCACAUGUUGAUCCAUAUUUGGACGUAAUCACUUGGUCAACAGUUGAUCCUAAUGUUAGCAAUUGUGAUCCAUUUACACCAAGGAAAAGUCAUAUGAUAGUAAGUGAGGCAGAAAGGAAACGAUACGAAUGGGGUACCAAGAAAUUUGCUUAUGACAUAUUGACAAGUGAUAAAAUAGGACCACGCCGUAAAUUAUCACCCGUUUAUCACGAACUGUGUGAAUCACUGCCUCGUAAUAUCAGUUUGAGUGUAAGCAUAGUCAUUAUUUAUCACAAUGAAGCAUUGUCAGUAUUAAUUCGUAUGCUAAAUAGUAUUUUCGACCAUACUCCACGCAAGCUUCUUAAAGAAAUUAUAUUAUACGAUGACUGUAGUGAUUAUGAUACAUUGCUUACUAAUCACGUUAUUAGUUACGGUAAUCAUGCACAGUGGCCAAUGAAAAAGAUAAUCAUGCGACGAAGUGAUGAGCGACUAGGACUUAUCAAGUCCAAGGUCUAUGCAUCACGUGUGGCUCGUGGUGAUGUCCUUAUAUUUUUGGACAGUCAUUGCGAAGUAACUCCGUUAUGGAUCGAACCUUUACUGCUACCAAUUCAGGAAGAUUCCACAAGAGUUGUUCUUCCAGUCGUUGAUUUAAUUAGUGCAAAAACGUUUGAAUUCUCGAAAGCAAUGAUAACAAAGGGCACCUUUAAUUGGGAUCUUGUAUUCACGUGGAAAUAUAUUCCCUGGGAGUAUUGGGAUUUACCGGAAAACAACGUUAAGCCAUUUCGGUCAGCGACUAUGUCAGGUGGUCUGUUAGCAAUUGACCGUAAGUAUUUUCAUGCAAUGGGUGAAUAUGAUACCGGAAUGGAGAUUUGGGGAGUUGAAAAUAUCGAAAUGUCCAUUCGGAUAUGGCUUUGCGGUGGAUCUAUUUUAGUGGCACCAUGCAGCCACGUUGGCCACAUAUUUCGUACUCAUCGCCCAUACAAGGGUAAACCAGGUAUGGAUUCGAAGCUGUACAAUUCGGUACGAACAGUUAAAGUUUGGCUCGAUGAUUAUGAUAAAUACUUCUAUGAAAAACAACCAGAUGCAAAAGAGAUGAAAGUCGGUGAUCUCAGUGAACGUUUGAAGCUGAAGAAAAGUCUGAACUGCAAAUCAUUUCAGUGGUACAUACAAGAAGUUGAUCCGGAACUCGAGCCUAAAAAGAUGUUACAUGAAGAUCUGUGA